GGGGGCUGGGGUACCGAAACACUUUGUUGGAGAUAAGAUCUGUCGAGGAGGGACCCAAGAAGAGAGGAGAUGGUAGAGAAUGGCCGCACCGGAUCUCCUUGACCCCAAGUCUGCCACGCACAACGCCAAGCCCCGCCUGUCGUUCUCGGCCCAGCCGGCCGCGCCGACGUGCGCCGAGGAGGACGAGCUCGCCGGCGGCCGCGCCACCGUCAUGCGCUGGAAGACCGUGUCGGCCAUCUUCUUCCUGGUGGUGCUCUACCUGGUGAUCGGCGCCACCGUCUUCCGCGCCCUGGAGCAGCCUUUCGAGAGCUCCCGGAAGAUGGCCAUCCUGGCCGACAAGCUGGAGUUCUUGGCCCUCCACGGCUGCGUCAACUCCUCCGAGCUGGAGGAUCUGGUCAAGGUAAGUCCGAGGAGGAGCCGCUUGUUCGGUUUUCUCCUUUGCGCUUCUGAUUGUCCGUCUCCAGCAAGUGGUUUCCGCCGUCCGAGCCGGUGUGAACCCGUCGGGAGACUCGUGCAACCAGAGCAGCCUGUGGGACCUCAGCUCCGCCUUCUUCUUUGCCGGGACCGUCAUCACCACCAUCGGGUUCGGCAACACCUCUCCCCGCACGGAAGGCGGACGGAUAUUCUGCAUCAUCUACGCGCUGAUGGGGAUCCCCCUCUUCGGCUUCCUGUUGGCCGGCGUGGGCGACCAGCUGGGCACCAUUUUUGGCAAGGGAAUCGCCAAAGUGGAGAAGAUGAUCGUGAAGUGGAAAGUCAGCCAGACCAAGAUCCGCGUCAUCUCCACCUUGCUCUUCAUCCUGUUCGGCUGCCUCAUCUUUGUGGCGCUGCCGGCCGUCAUCUUCAAGCACAUCGAGGGCUGGAGCGCGCUGGAGUCCAUCUACUUUGUGGUCAUCACGCUCACCACCAUCGGAUUUGGAGACUUUGUCGCCGGGGAAAAAGGAGGUUCCGAGAGUCCGGAGUACCUCAAGUAUUACAAGCCGGUGGUGUGGUUCUGGAUCCUGGUGGGUCUGGCGUACUUUGCCGCCGUGCUCAGCAUGAUCAGCGACUGGUUCCGCGUCAUCUCCAAAAAAACCAAGGAGGAGGUGGGCGAGUUCCGGGCCCACGCCGCCGAGUGGACGGCCAACGUGUCGGCCGAGUUCAAGGAAACCCGGCGGCGGCUGAGCGUGGACAUCUACGACCGGUUCCAGCGCGCCGCCUCCAUCAAGCGCAAACUGUCCUCGGAGCUGGGCAUCAACGCCUCGGCCGGCCAGGAAAUGACGCCCGGCAAACGGACGCUGUCGGUCAACCUGGGCGAGGAUCGCGAGGCCUACGCCAACCUGACGCUGGCGCUGGCACCCGGCCCGGGAGCCCUGAGCAGAAACGGCAGCCUCUUCCUCAACGGGCUCAGCCCGGACUUUGCCCAGCGGCUGGAGGUGGCCCUGGUGGAAAACCCCAAAUGAGGGCCGCGAAAAGGUUUACGAGCUGGCUCGGGCGUGUCACGGACGCGUUCUCGCCGGAGUUUAGCGCUACGAAAGGUUCGGUCGGGUCGCCGGUGAACGCACGCCACAAACAAACAGGCCGCAUCAAAAUGCACCAAAGAAAAAAUAAAACAGAAGAAGCAAGCUGCAACCACAAGGAAAGAAUUCUCAUGAAUAAACGAAAGCACUGGUAAUUGGAGCAGGCAAGAGAUGGAUGGAAUCGUGCUCACCUCCGAACAAUUUACCCACGAGGCCUAGACAUCUGCAUCGGAUAAAAGAGGAGCCUCGACGCCACACAGCAAUGAGCAAUGUGGACACUCGAAUGUUUCCUCUCAGUUUGCUCACGAGAUGAAAAUGAAUGUUGACAUUUGUUUUUGCCCCUUCCUUGUUCCUCGAUGACUGACAGGCGGUUGUUUACCCCUGAGAUAUCGCCCACGUGUGCCUUGCUGGCGCAUGCAUGAAAGACGCAACGUAUGCGUUUGAGAAACGAGAGCACGUUUUAUUUAUUUAUUCAGGUGG